CUUUUCUUCUCCCUCGAGUUAAAAAAAAAAGAAGUUGUCGUUUUAACAUCUACAAUUUGCUGCAUCUUAGCAUUUAUCAACUCUUACUUAAUCCAUCGCCCUUCGGCGUUUUAAACAUAAUUCUAGGGCGACUGGCUCAUUUGAACUGAAAGCAUAUUCUUUCUGUCAAUCAACUUGCGACGACAAAUUACACCAUCGUCGAGAGACACAGACCAUCAACAAAGACAGCCAUGGAUGACGAUCUUUUCAAUGUAUUCGACGACCAGCCGGCCAGCAGGGUCAGGUCAGAGCCCCAAAUCUCACCUUCAGCUAAAGCACCCAAAUCCAAGAAGAAGAGUAAGAAGAGAAAGGCGGACGGUGGCAUGAAGAAUGGAUCUACUACAGCCGUAUCAGCACCAUCCGCACCAGAUGUUGACAUGGCCGAUGCUCAGCCUACGUCAGCAGAAGAGGACAAUGUCGCAGGGACCGUGUCCGAGAACCAGGGAGACAGCAAGCGAAGACGAAAGGAUGGGGCGGAGCCUGUACUGACGGAUACGUUCGAAACUGCCGAGUCCCGAGAAGUAGCAGCAGCAGAUGGAUUCGCUGCUACCGAUGAGGCGUCGCUAGUCUUGUCGCACAAUAUUCAACAUCAAGUUGCACUCCCCCCCGAUCUCGAUUAUGAAUACGUCCCACUAUCGGAGCACAAACCGCCGGAGAACCCUGCCCGUACCUGGCCAUUCACACUCGAUCCCUUCCAGCGUCUUUCGAUCUCCUCUAUUGAACGAGAUGAGAGUGUCUUAGUGUCGGCGCAUACGAGUGCUGGAAAGACUGUCGUGGCCGAGUAUGCCAUUGCACAUUGUCUCAAGCAGAACCAGCGGGUCAUCUACACCAGUCCAAUCAAGGCGUUGAGCAACCAGAAGUACCGAGAAUUCAAUGAAGCCUUUGGUGACGUUGGUCUUAUGACGGGUGAUGUGACCAUCAACCCUACAGCUAGUUGCCUUGUCAUGACCACCGAAAUCUUGCGAUCCAUGUUGUACCGAGGAUCCGAGAUCAUGCGAGAAGUUGCUUGGGUCGUUUUCGACGAGAUCCAUUACAUGCGCGAUAAAUCACGUGGUGUAGUGUGGGAGGAAACGAUCAUUCUGCUACCGGACAAGGUCCGAUAUGUCUUCUUAUCUGCCACGAUUCCCAAUGCCUUCCAAUUUGCUGAAUGGAUUGCCAAAAUACAUCGACAGGCCUGUCACGUUGUAUAUACUGACUUUAGACCAACGCCCCUCCAAAAUUACUUCUUCCCAGCCGGUGGAUCAGGAAUAUUCUUGGUCGUGGACGAGAAGGGUGUCUUCCGAGAGAACAACUUCAAUAAGACUAUGCAAAUGGUUGAGGAGCGCAAGGCAUCCGAUUCUAAAGAUGUCGAUCCCCGAACAAAAGGCAAAGGCAAAAAUAAGAAGACGUUUAAGGGCAACAACAGUGAUAAUCAAGCCGAUAUCCAGAAGAUCGUUAAGAUGAUUAUGAACAAGAAUUUCAACCCUGUUAUUGUCUUUAACUUCAGCAAGAGCGAUUGCGAGGUCCUGGCAUUGGCAACAUCCAAGUUCGCUUUCAACGACGACAGCGAGAAAGGUAUGGUACGAAAGGUUUUCACGAGUGCCAUCGAGUCGCUAUCAGAAGAAGAUCGCGAACUACCACAAAUCCAAAACAUCCUCCCACUUUUGGAGAAGGGAAUAGGUGUCCAUCAUGCCGGUCUUCUACCUAUCCUGAAGGAAACGAUCGAGAUUCUAUUCCAGGAAGGUCUAAUAAAGGUUCUUUUCGCUACCGAAACCUUCUCUAUCGGGUUGAAUAUGCCGGCCAAGACUGUGGUCUUUACUAAAGUUUCCAAGUUCGAUGGUCGAUCUGUACGGCCUUUGACUCCGUCUGAAUACAUUCAGAUGUCUGGACGUGCGGGUCGUAGAGGUCUCGAUGAACGUGGUAUCGUCAUCAUGAUGGUUGACGAUGCGAUGGAACCAGAUACGGCCAAGAACAUCGUAAUUGGUCAACAAGAUCGCCUGAAUUCUGCUUUCUACCUAGGUUAUAACAUGGUUUUGAAUCUACUCAGAAUCGAUGCUAUCAACCCAGAGUUCAUGCUGGAGAACUGCUUCUUCCAGUUCCAGAACACCGCUAGUGUCGCAGGUCUAGAAAAUCAGUUGGUGAAGCUACAAAAAACGCGAGACGAGAUGGUGAUCCCAGACGAGGCAACCAUCAAGGACUACUAUGGUCUACGACAACAGAUUUCGCAGUACACCAAGGAUAUGCUGGCUGUCAUUCAGCACCCAAAUUACUGUCUCGAAUACCUACAACCAGGUAGACUCGUGCACAUAGCCCACCCAAAGACAGGCAAGGACUUUGGCUGGGGUGUCGUCGUCAAUGUCAUGAAGCGCAAGGAGCCUAAGUUUGGUGAGAAGGACUACCCACCACAAGAAUCAUACUUAAUGGAUGUCUUCCUUCGUCUUGACCCAACCUGCGAUCCGUAUGGCCCUUCCAAUCCUUCGACGGAGAUGCCAGAAGGGGCUCGGGCGAGUGAUCCCAACCAAGACAGCAUCUUUGAAGCCAUACCUUGCAUGCUCACUUGUAUCAAAGCUUUGAGCCAGAUUCGGGUAUUCAUGCCCAAAGACGUGAGCAGCAGGGAGGAUAUUGAGUCUGUUCGCAAGCAAGUCCUCAAGUCGCUUAAGGAGGUGGAGCACCGCUUCCCUGAUGGGAUGCCAAUCUUGGAUCCUAUUGAGAACAUGCAUAUCACAGACGACUCAUUCAAGAGACUUCUCCGCAAAAUUGAAGUCCUUGAGUCACGACUGUUAGCCAACCCACUCCAUGGCUCGCCCAUGCUACCAGGCCUAUGGGAACAGUACUCGGCAAAGAUUGCCCGUAACGAGGAGAUCAAAUCUCUUAAGAAGGAGAUCGCUCAGGCCCACUCUAUUGCUCAACUUGACGAGCUGAAAUCGAGGAAACGAGUUCUUCGUCGUCUCGGCUUCAUCAACGAGUCCGAAGUUGUGCAAAUGAAAGCCCGUGUGGCCUGCGAGAUAUCCUCGACGGAUGGCCACGAGUUGCUUCUUUCUGAGCUUCUCUUCAACCGAUUCUUUAACGAACUAUCCCCUGAAUUAUGCGCCGCUAUUCUAAGCAUUUUCGUUUUCGAAGAGAAAGUCAAAGCACAAGCCUUGCCGGAAGAGCUAGCUAAGCCAUAUUCGCAGGUGCAGGCACAAGCUCGAAUCAUUGCUAAAGUCAGCCAAGAAAGUAAACUUGAAGUGAAUGAGGACGAGUACGUCCAAGGUCUAAAGUGGCAGUUAAUGGAGACUGUCUAUGCGUGGGCGAAUGGGAAAUCAUUUGCUGAAGUUUGCAAAAUGACGGAUGCGUACGAGGGUUCCUUGAUCCGUCUAUUCCGCCGACUCGAAGAAUUGCUCCGCCAAAUGGCGCAAGCAGGAAAGGUAAUGGGCAGCGAAGAGUUGACGACCAAGUUCGAGGAGAGUCUAGCCAAGAUCCGUCGUGACAUCGUUGCUGCUCAGUCCCUUUACUUGUAAGACCAUUCAUCUAACCGUUAUAUCUUAUUACUUGCGUUUUUGAUAUUAUCAUCGUAUGGAAUCUCGGUAGGUAGGUGAAUGUAUGGGAGAUCAUGCAGCAUACUUAAGGUAUCUAAACAUGCCCGAGGUGGCUAGCAACGCCAUACUUUUCGAACAGUUAGGUCCUGUGGCCAAACGAGCAGGAGUGUCGUCGAGGCCGCCCCUUACCCGGAGGCCUAUCACAUACGAUCAC